CAAGAGGGGGUGGGGGGGGGCAAGGAUCAGCGCAACGGGAAAUGUGAUUCAACUAUUUCUUUGUGUUGUUCUUUGCAAAGCCUUCACGUUCCCAUGGGUACAAGCAGCGAGCAGCUCUACAGCUGAAGUUCCUCUUUUCAGAUGGGGUUCCCUGAUUUCUGAGGAGGAUCUGAAGAGGAAUUUGUGUAACUAGAACGUUGACCCUCAAUGCAAACCCAUCCCGUAUGCUAAAAGGGUGUCUCUUUAAUUAGUUUUUUCUGUGGUUUGCGUUGGUUGAUUGGUGAGUGAACACUACAUUUGAUGCAAAGUUAGUUUUGGAACCAUUUUCUAAGCUGUCUUUGCUUUAUAGUGUGUAAACUGUGGCAUGUGCCUGGGAUUAGGACAUUUCAUUGAGGAUUUUAGCAGCACCCCGAUGGUUAUAUGCUCAGAAAGAGAACUUCAUGGCCUGAACUUCAAGUGGCACCUUAUUUGCUGGGACGUUUUCAGUUUUGCAGCUGAAAGAUGUUCCAGUUCAUCCGGAAGCAGAUUCACAAUCACCUUGUGGAGCGAAAAAUUAGGAGAACUCGUCUUGUUACCAAAGACGGCCACUGCAACAUUAAAUUUGGGACUACUGAAUAUCACAACCAUUUUGCUUUCCUUAUGGACUUCUGGACUACAUUUGUGGAGAUUCGCUGGUGUUUUGUAAUUGUUUUAUUUGCCGCCGCCUUCACAGGAAGCUGGUUCAUUUUUGGUUUGCUCUGGUAUUCGCUUGCGAAAAAUAACGGAGACUUAGAUGUUCUCCAGAACUCGUCUGAAUCCCAGCAGUUGAAAUGUAUAGAGAACAUUAACAGUCUCACGACCGCCUUCUUGUACUCUUUAGAGACCCAGACAACUAUUGGCUAUGGGGGUCGGGCUCUCACGGGUCACUGCCCGGGCACGGUCGCCUUGUUGAUCAUCCAGUCCCUCAUGGGCGCAAUCAUAAACUGCUUUAUGUGUGGACUCAUUUUGGCAAAGAUCUCUCUCCCGAACAGAAGAGCAAAAACAGUAACCUUCAGCAAAACAGCGGUCAUUUGUCUUUGGAAGGGGAAUCUGUGCCUGCAGAUACGAGUGGCCAACCUACGAAAAACUCUUCUUAUUGGCAGCCACAUUUAUGGAAAGCUUCUCCGAACCACCAUCACUCCAGAGGGGGAAACUAUCAUACUGGAUCAGGUGAAUAUUGACUUUUUGGUGGAUGCUGGGAAGGACAACCUGUUCUUCGUUUGUCCGCUUACCCUGUAUCACGUGAUAGACAAAUCAAGCCCGUUUUCUGAAAUGGCUGUGGAUACUCUUCAGCAGCAGGACUUUGAGUUGGUGGUCUUCCUGGAUGGAACGGCUGAGUCCACCAGCCUGUCCUGCCAAGUCCGAACUUCCUACCUUCCACGGGAGAUCAAGUGGGGUUACAACUUCCUGCCCGUCAUCUCUCGCACUAAAGGUGGGAAAUACCGUGUCGACCUGUCCAACUUCUCCAAAACGGAGCCAGCGGUGACCCCGCACUGCGCUUGCUGUUUCCACAAUGAGCAUAACAUGGAGCUCAUUCUCCACAGCCACGAACGCGAAGGCAUCGAUAAUCUGGGAUUUGAUGUUAUUGACCUUCAAAACUCUGUUGAUGUAACUGAGAAGAGUGAUUAAGAGUUUGCUGCAGCAGUGACUGAUGUACGCAGUAAACAUCCUGUGAUACAGUGGCAUUUUGUACUGUGAAAGUUGAAAGUGAAAGAAGCCACAUAAAAGGGGAGAGAGAAAGACGAGGACUCGCUAUAGACUGAUAUGUUCCCUGACAGACACAUUGGCUGUGCUCCAAAACCUAGUGAGCUGCCAGUGUAGGCUGACUUUCAAGAAAUCAUAAGCAUUUCUAACACAAAGGUAGCAGUUGUAAAAACAAGACACCUUGAUUUGAGCAAAUUGUAACAUCUGUUGAAAAGAAGAUACACAAGGUGGUGGGUAAAUUGAGAGAAUUUUGUGAUUUGAAGCAGAAUUCUUUGAAUUGAAAGUUCAUUUAUUCAAAAUUUCUUGUAACAUUAUACAUCUUUAUUGUCAUUUUGAUCAUUUUAACGCAUCCUUGCUUAAAUAUAUUAAGUUUUUUUCAAAAAAGUCCUAUUGACCAGUAAUAUAUAUGUUUAUUGGCCGUUCUACAGAACUGGUGUAAUGUUGGAAACACCUUAAAAAUAGGUCUUUUUCUACAGAUUUGGUAUGCAAAUUGCAUAAUAUCCAAGGUACACAUUUCUAGUAAUAGUGCAGUUGAUAGUACUGUAUAUCUAUAUCAGAAUGUUUUGGAGUAUUUGUCCUCUUCCCAAAUUUGUCACUACUGAAACACAGUAAUAUAUAAUAUAAUAAGAAGGGUUAUUUUGACCUGUUAAGAUUUUGUUUACAUCUAUCUUCUAAAUAUAUUUUUGCUAUUUUAUUAAAACGUUUUUAGAGGUAAAUCAAUAACAAUUAAAAAUUGUAACAAUAUUUCAAGUGUAAUUUCUGAGAUUUGUUGUAUUUUGAAUCCAGUCAUUCUUUGUCAAACACAAAAAAGUUGAUCAUACUGAUUUCAAACUUAAGGAUUCAUUAGUCUGAAUAUACAUUAAACCAAAAACUGUCAUAACAUCUUAGCUGAUAAUUCAAUUUACUGUAUUUUUGGAUUCUAAAAACACUGCUAAAACAUACUCCAAUACUACAAAUUUGCAUAACUGUGCAAAAUGUUUGUUUAUUUCCCCCAAAUAACAGAUUAUGUGUUCCCUUUUGUCACUAACGAAACCAUGAUGACAUAUUUUGGUCGUGACUGUUACGGUAGUGGCAUAGAUGCUAAUCAGCACAUGGUUAGCUAGCAGAGUUCUGAACAGAUGUACACACAUAAAAACUAAAUUUUAUAAAAUGACACCCCAAAAACAAUGAUGUCACUACCAAAACUUCACCAAAUGUUUCGGUCAUGACUUUCAGUAGUGACCAUUGUAGGUACUUUUGAUCCUAGCUCAAAGAUGCUAAUCAGCAUGUGGUUAGCUAGCAAAAUUCUGAACAGAUGUACACACAUAAAAACAAAAUUUUAUGGAAUAACACCCAAAAAAAAUGUCACUACCGAAACUUCACCAAAUGUUUCGGUCAUGACUUUCAGUAGUGACAAUUUUAGGUACUUCUGAACCGAGCUUUAAGAUGCUAAUAAAAAAGUUUCAUAGUUUACAAAGAUUUUUAAAAACAACAAUGGAAUAAAAUGCAACAAUUAUUUCAAUAUUAUUUUUCAAGUUUAAAUUUAGCAGUUAGCGUUCGGGACAUAUUUUAUAUAUAUGUAUUUUUAUAUACAGUAGUCAACAUUUGAAGUGGAUCAUUUUAGAUUUGAAUACUUAAAUCUAAGAUCAUCUAAGAUUUGAAUACUUAAAUUAUUUUUAAAUGUGUUUUUUGGUUAUGGGACAGCAGUUUGCACCAGUUCUGUAGAAUGGCCCAUAUAUAUGCAUUCAUUAUUAAAGUCUGUGCAUGAUGCACAGACUUUGUGGCUAUAAAUACAGUUGACACGGAGGCCCCACCUACCUAUGGGUGAAAACAAACCCCAGUUACCAUAGUGACCCAUUCGGCUCUUAGGGGAAAAUGAAGACAAGUGCUGUAGACGUGCACAUUUUUAAAUGUGUGAUUGCACAUGCAUCUCACAUCCUGUCAAUGAAUUGCUUUUAAUCACAACAGUCUUCUUUUACAACAUUUUAUUCAGUUGAAAAAUAUCUGGUUUUCCUCCCUUCAUUAGAGCCGCACGAAACCACAAACACAUUUGUCUAAAUUAUGUACUUAUAGCCAAAUCUAUUGGGGUUUUUUUUGUUUUUCGCACACUAAACCAGUGUAUAACUCUAAAACCCCCAGAGAGCAUUUCAAACCAUCACUUAUAAGGUUCCUUUUGUUAGAAUCUUACCUUAGAAUGCAAAUGCCGUUGUAGACAUAAAGGCAGCUAGGCACUACGUUUUUGGAAGACUGCUCAUAUUUGCAUAUCUGCGUAAAAUAUUAGGUUUUUGUUCUGUUUCAUAAAGAUCUAACUUCUAACAGAAUCACUGGAGAACAGUUUGGGGAGCUCCAUUAGAAUAAGCACACACUGACAUGAGACACCUGCUCAGUGUUCAUUGAAGGAUAAGAGCACGAGCCAAAUUAGAUUAAGGAGAAGCAUAGGAGCAAUGGAACCCAGUUCCCCCCCUGGCCCGACAUAUGUUACUAAAUAAUUCAUAUGAUAAUAUUAUUAAUGCAUUAAAAUAAUUUAGGACUAGACAGAGUCCUUCAUGUCACAAACAUUAUAAGCAAUUUCAUGCACCUUUCGAGAGUAGAUGCGAUCUGAGAAUGAAUGUGUUUUCUUUCUUUUUUUUUUUUUGUUCUAAUUGCCUUGUAAACAUUUUGCUAUGCAGAUUAAAAAGGACUGACCUAUAAAAGACUCAUUCACUCUGAACUGAGUGGCUCUUAGAAGGUCAUAACAUUUUAGAGGGUUCGGAAAGGUUCAAUUCUGCAUGAAUGUCAUACAUUUUUAUCUUUAUUCACUAAUAGGUGAGUAAUAAUUUCAACAUUGCGUAAACAGUAAAGCUUUUUUUAAUUAAAUGUUGAAGUCUUUUAUUCUGGCAAUGUCCAUGAAAUUGGGGUUUUCAGAAGAGUUAUAUUUCUGUCUUCCAGCGUUAUGAAAAGCUGACCUACACUCUCGGUGACCUAGUAGUUGAAUUAAG